AUGAAUAAACAUCGUCUGCCAAUGAUGGAGCCACAAUCUAAAAAUUGAAUUGAAUUGAAAUACGUAACCUUAAAAUUAGUAUUUGAGUGCAACUACUGAAAUAUUUAAAGAUGCUGAGAUUAUAGAGGUUCAUCGUUUUAUAGAAUUUUUACUAAGAUUUAAUGUAAUAUUUUAAUGAUUUAUAUAAAUCGUUUAUAAAAUUUGUUAUUAUUAUACAUUAACAAAAUAACUGAUAAACGGUGCAAGUAAUAAUAUAAAAAGAAAAGCCAUUGAGACAAUAAUGUACAGUUAAAAUAGAAGAAUAACAUUUAAAACAUUUGAUGACGCAGCUAAUAUUAUACAAUGCUAGGCAAUUUUUGCCAAAAUGUAAAUCUUGAAGACCCACAAUGAACUCUAAAAGAAAGUGUUGUGAUGUUACAUCUAUGUGCGGUUUGAAUCUCUGGCAAGGCGUUAUUUUUGUCGGAACUUCUACUAUUGUGAUCUGUUCAUUGAUUUUCAUCAUAUCCGCAGUUACGUUGGGGCACAUGGUUUCUGAAACCGAGAAUCAAUACAAUAAGAACCCAGUGUUGGCUAUAAACAUACUGUUUGUGCUGUAUUCAAGUUGUAUAUCUUCCUACCAGAUCGUCAUAUCUGCUCUCCUUGUCUGGCAUGCUCUUAAGCAUAUAAAAGAUGGUGUAUUCUUCUGCACGCUGUGGUACGUGUCUCAUCUAUCCAUCCUCAGUCUGUACUGUUUCUUGUUCAGUGCAAGGACGAUUAUUACGUUCAAUGCAAAACAGUAUUUUUCUGCGAUCGUCACUGUUGUAUGUGCAGCUGUAUAUAAAGCGCUUUUCAUAUACUUCUCGGUGGUUGUAAACAGUUAUCUACAUUCCCUGGAAGCGGAGAGAUAUGUUUAAGCAUUUGUGUUUCCAAAUAAAUGGGUUUUGCGAAAUAUAA